AAAAGUAAUCUGUAUAGGUUUAGAGAUCAUGGCGCGGUUCCAAUUUCGACCAAUUCUUGUGUCAGAUUCUCGUGAUCAAGAAGACUAUGAUAGUGAAAGUGUAUCCCUCAACGUAUACCGCUGUAUUUGUAACCAAGUAGCUCUCAUUGCUGAUACUGUUAUCGAUCAGCUACCUUUAAGAAAACUGGAUGGUGCCAGAGUAAUUGAUACUUCAAAGAAAACAGCUAAAUUCCAUACAGAAGAAGAUAAAACUAUCUAUAUUCGGAGACCUGAUGGGUAUGAAAUGCGCGUCUUACAAAAAUGUAAACAUUGCACACUUCCUAUAUUUUACAGACCCUCUCCUAACAGCCAUCUUUAUUUCGUUAUCAAAGAUAGUUUAAUUGUCGAUUCCAGUAUGUCAGUGGCUGGAAAGGAAAAGAAAAACGUUAAAUUGACCAAACUCACCCGUGAAGCUGGAAAAUUCGGUAGUGUAACAGUAUCAACUAUAGAUGAAGAGGAAAACGAAAUCGAAAAGCACGAAGCAGAAGCAUCUUACACGAUGAACGCCAAGAUAAUAGCUCAACAGCUAGGAAGGGAUAGCAAGAAGAAUCAGCUGACUGAUGAUCAACAACCUGAAAAAUCUAAAAGACACAAAGGAACACUUUUAGACAAGACUUUUUGAUAUAUUUUUUGUUAUAUUUUUAAUUUUGACGUUAAUUAUUCAUGAUAUUAUUUAUGUGUACUUUUAAUACUUUUGGUUAUAUAUAGCGUACUGU